AUGUCACAAGCAAACACAAAUAUACCAACUUCAUCCGGUGAUUCUUUGUCACAGCCCAAAAAACUGCGAGUUAGCAGAGGUGGGAAAGCAAACCAGCUGAAUCUGAAUCUGAAUCUGAACCUGCAUACACGAAGAACUGGGGGCGGAUAUCGACGAAACAACAAUAAUAAUGGCAUCGACAAUGACAACAAUCCCAGCAGCAACACAGGCAACAAAAAGUCACAUCGGGUGGAGGAAGAAGACAUUCCUGAAGGCCAGCAAUGUUUAAUUUGUGCUGAAAGGAUUGAGUUUGCCGCACUUACACCAUGUAAUCACACCACGUGCCAUCGGUGUACGUUCCGUCAGCGAGCAUUGUAUGAAAAAAACAAUUGCUUAAUCUGUCGUAGUGAAAAUGAAAGGAUUAUAAUCACUGAACAGGUUGAUAAAGAGUAUGAUGAUUUUAAGACACUGGAUAUUAUUUGCAGUAAUGAAACAUACAAGAUUGACUUUACUCAGGAUUAUGUCAGACGCGAAACUUUGAGAUUAUUGGAUAAUGAAUGUGCAAUUUGUCAUGAGAGUUUCGCUACGUUUCGUGAACUUGGCGAUCAUGCUAAAGAAGCACAUGGGAAAUACUAUUGUCUUAUCUGUUCCAAGUUUAAAAAAGCAUUCAAAAUUGAACUACCAUUGUAUACGUACAAGGGUUUGCAAAAGCAUCAAGCUUCCGGUGACGAGUCAUCAGGGUUUGGUGGCCAUCCAGAGUGUAAACAUUGUCAUGGCAAAAGAUUUUAUUCGGAGGAUGAGUUGAAUGUUCAUAUUCGAGAACGCCACGAAAGAUGCCAUAUAUGUGAUAAAACAUCGCCCAAGACGGCCGACUACUAUAAGAACUACGAUGCAUUGUAUCGUCAUUUCAGCCAGCUGCACUAUGUUUGUACUGUUGCUUCUUGUGUUGAAAAGAAGUUUGUUGUAUUCCGUGAUGAUUUGGAUUUGACUGCACAUAUGUUGAAGGAACAUGGUGGGUUGAGUAAUGGCAAUAGGGUUGUUAUUGGCUCAAAUUCAAUGUACCAUCAUAACAAUCAUCACCAUAAUAAUAUUAAUCAAAAUGGCAACUCUUCUAGACAGAUUCAGUUGUCCACAUUUAAUACUGCUAGAUGGUUGACAUCGAAUAAUGACCAAGAAGAAGAUCAGCAUUUGCCAGAGAUUAAAAAGCGCAGAUUCGAAGAGCGUGCCAGACAUUAUUUAAACUAUGACAAUAACCGGUUCCGCGAAUUUACCAAGUUGAAUGAGACGUUUAAGCACAAGAAGAUUAAUGCUAGAGAGCUUUUGCAAAUAUAUAAACAAAAUUUGUUUAUUCAUCAAACGAUGGAAGAACUUAAUUUUCUUAUCAAAGGGUUUUCCGAUCUAUUUCCUCAAGGAAGUGAGCUACAAAAGGAUCUCUUGUCUGUGAUAAUCCAGGAAAAUGAAGAUACACCAUCUGAACAGUUUCCUAUUCUUGGAGGCAGAUCAGCAGCAAGUGCAUUCACAGCUUCAGGGUGGAUUAAUGGUUCUGGUUCUGGUACUGGUACUGGUGCAGGUCCUAGUCGUAGUGGCACUGCUUCACCAGUUGAUAAUUUCCCUGUUUUGAAGAAGCCUGCAAAGAAGGUGAACUAUAUCAAUCCUAAUGAGCAACCAAUAAGGUAUACUACCGUGUUGAAAAAGACUACAGUAAAGAAGCCUGUUUCUGGAGUCAUGAGUCAAAACUUGUACCAGGGUCCUUCUUCAAUACCCAAUUACCUUGACAAUACUAGUAACAAGCUGAAAUCCGCUCAGACCAAUUUGUCAGCAAGUUCAUCUCGAAAUGGGUCUAGUGCAUCUCUAUCGCUGUCGAUGAUGUCACGAAAUUUGGAUGAUGACCGCAAGUUUCCAGUAUUGCAAAAGAAGAGUACAAAGAAGGUGAUACCACGGGUCAAUGAGGUGAAAAUUGUUGAUCCUAGUCAAUGGGGAAGAGAGUCACCAUUGAGCAUAGAUGCUAUGGGUGAUAGUGGUGAUGGUAUUGGUGCAAAUGUGAUGGGUUCAUCCAGCAGUGAGAACAUUGAGAUUGUUGACAAGAGGAAACAGAAAAUGAAAAAGAAACAAGACCGGUUAUUGUUUAGCAACGCUUUUUGA